UUUGAGCGUAAAAUGAGCAGAACCGCCGGAAUCCCCACGAUGACCGAGGUCAGGACUCUCUACCGCACCGGGAUUUGAUUCACUGCUCUGGAUACGGAUUUACUCAUUUACCGGUAAAUGGCUUAAUCCAAAAUCUCCGGCGGGACGCUCUGAAUCUGCACCUGGAUUAAAGUUUCGAGCAUGAGGAUACCUGCGCGUGGAUAGUUGGAUACACUGGAUUAAAAGUGAAGUGUAGUAGGAAACACUCCACCAAAACAUUUAUAACCUGCAGUGUGCUUCAGGAAUCCAGGAGCUAUGCAGGAAGCCUGUGUCUGGAUUUCCAGAGCUUCUGUCCUCCUGCUGCUGCUUUGGUCCGACCUCCUGCACUGCCAACACACCACAGACCACAGGAAGGUUUCUCAGAGGCCAGAGCCCCAACAGGAGUUCAGGGCCGAGCAUGGAGAAGUUCAGGGAUCCUGGGGUGCCUGGGGCUCCUGGUCAGCCUGCUCCAGGACCUGUGGAAAAGGAGUUCAGGAGCAGAGUCGGCCCUGUCUGCCUGUUUACACGCCGUCACAAUACCCCUCCAGAAGAGAGGGUGUUCACCCCCAGCAACCGGGACACAUCAUCUCGGCGCUGAGGCCGACCGUUCCUCUGCACCGCAGCGCAGGGAGGAGUGCAAACAGCAGCAGGAGAGGAGAUCUGAGGCAGGGGAAGGAGGCGAGGCCUGGAGGACGGAGGAGGGUCCCUCACAUCGUCCCGGGGCGGUACGGCUACGGGUCGGCUCCUCAUGUUGCUCCUCUGCAGACGCACCCGGGUCGGAGCUCAGAGACGACUCGCCCUCACAGACAGAGACGCUCCCCUGCAGCUGAAGCCCGUCACCACCAGCACCAACAACAACAACAACAACAACAACAACAACACCACCAACACCAUUCCCCCACUGCAGACCACAACCAGAACCCCUCAAACAGCCUCCAUCACCCCGGCAGACCCUUCAUGCCACCCAGGAAUAACCAGGUCUGGGCCCCCCUCUACCAGCCGGGCUCUGGCCCCCAGACUCAGGACCAGCAGGGGCCCGGAUCCAGCCUCCAGACCUCUGGAUCCCCCCCGGAGAGACCCUACAGCCCCCUGCCCGGCUCCUCCUGCAGCGGGGAGCAGGCGCACCACAGGGUCUGCAACAGCAACGCCUGCCCUCCAUCCAGCAAACACAUCCGGGCUGUUCAGUGUUCUUCACACAACAACAAACCUUUCAUGGGCAGACUGUACGAGUGGGAACCUUUCAACGAGGUCCCCGAGGAUCAGCACUGUGAACUGAACUGCCGAGCCGUUGGGUUCAGGUUCUAUGUUCGACAGUCAGAGAAAGUGACGGACGGGACACCGUGCGGACAGAACGAAACUUCUCUCUGCGUAGCGGGAAAAUGUUCGGGUCUGGGCUGCGAUGAGUACCUGGGAUCAGGAAAGGUGAUGGACAGGUGCGGUGUGUGUGGAGGAGAAAACACAACCUGCAGGCUCGUCUCUGGAGUCUUCAAACACAGUUUAACUAAGAUCGGCUACCACAAGAUAGUGGAGAUCCCAGAGGGAGCCACCAAGAUCAACGUGACAGAGAUGGUGAAGAGCAGGAACUACCUAGCUCUCCGCAGCCGAUCGGGGCGAUCCAUCAUUAAUGGAAACUGGGCGAUCGACCGGCCAGGGAAGUAUGAGGGAGCGGGAACCAUGUUCACAUACCGGCGGCCCAACGAGAUCAGAAGCACCGCCGGGGAGUCCUUCCUCGCUGAAGGGCCCACAAACGAGAUCCUGGACGUUUAUAUGAUCUUCCAGCAGCCAAACCCUGGUAUUCACUAUGAGUACACAAUCCCUGAGAAACCAGUGGAUCCUCAGCCACCCAACCACAGACCAGAAGGGAACGCUGUGAAUGGACAGGGAGGAUACGACAUUCACAGAAACACUCACCAGGAAAACUACAAUCCAGCAGGGGGGGGUCGGGACCCUCCUCGCCUCCCAGAUAAUCAGGUUCCUGCUGUGCAGCCGCCCAGACGCAGAGACUACAACUGGAAGAUAUCUGGAACUACAGAGUGCAGCGCCUCCUGUGGGAAAGGAUUCAGAUACUCCAUCUUCCACUGUGUGUCCCGGCUGAACCAGGGCCAGGUGUCCGAGGCUCUGUGUGACAGCAGCAGCAAACCCUCUCCACAGGAAGAGGCCUGCAACCUGCAGCCCUGCCCCGCAUUCUGGGACAUUGGGGAGUGGUCAGAGUGCAGUACGACGUGCGGGCUGGGCAUGCAGCACCGGCAGGUUUUGUGUCGGCAGAUUUACGCCAACCGCACCCUGAACGUUCACACGAGCCGCUGCGAACACUUAGAGCGACCGGAGAUCACCAGCAGCUGCCAGCUGAAGAUCUGCAGCGAGUGGCAGGUCCGCUCAGAGUGGAGCGCGUGCUCGGUGCCCUGUGGUCUGGGUCAGAGGUCACGAGAGGUUCGCUGUGUCAGCAACGUGGGCGACUUUGUUCCUGACGAGGAGUGCAACAUGAAUCUGAGGCCGGUCGAUGUGGAGAACUGCGACAUGGGGUCCUGCGCCAAGAGCUGGUUCUACACCGAGUGGGGGAACAGGUGCUCGGCUGAGUGUGGGAUGGGUGUUCGGACGCGAGGAAUUCUCUGCCUCACGAACCACGUCAGCGGUCUCCCUCUCGAGGGCUGCGGCAGCGAGAGACCCCAAAACUCUCAGGUCUGCAACAGCGGAGCUUGUGAGAACCGCAUCGAGUGGUUCACGGGCCCCUGGAGCCAGUGCUCAGCAGAGUGCGGUGCAGGCAGCCAUCAGAGGGCCGUGGUGUGUUUGAUGAAGUCGGAGGAAGGACUCUCCGUCGUUCCUCCGUACGAGUGCUCUUCUCUGGACCGACCCCUCGGCCAGCAGAGCUGCACCCUGAAGGCCUGCGGAGCAAAGUGGUUCCACACGGACUGGAGCGCUUGUUCAAAAACCUGUGAGGGCGGUUUCCGUGUGCGGGAGGUUCGCUGCCUGUCGGACGACUCGCUGCCGAGCGACGCCUGUGAUCAGAAACUGAAACCUGGAGGGAGAGAGGACUGCAGCCCGGAGCCCUGCACGCCAAACAUAGAUGAGAACUGCAGAGAUAAGUACUUCAACUGUAACGUGGUGGUCCAGGCUCGGCUCUGCGUCUACGAUUACUACAAAACCUCCUGCUGUGCGUCCUGUUCCCGAGUCGCCCAAAAACAAAAACAGUCCGUCCAGAGACAGUCCGUCCAGAGGAGCCGCAGCUAA